CAAAGGACAGGAGCGUGCCCUGGGAUUCGGCUGCGCAGGAGAGGCGACAAGUUCACCUGCCCCCGCAGAUGUCAGGGCGCGAGGAGGGCCGGGCUGAGCGGGGCCCGCCGGCGGAGGCCGAGGCCGAGGGCAGCAAGCAGCCGCCCCUCCCCGCGCCUCUCACCCCGCGCAGCUCCACCGGCGGCCCCCGGCUCCGCAUCCCCAGCCACGACCGCAGGGCCGGGCCGGGAUGGCGGCGCCCCGGGGGGCGGCCGCCCCGGGAUGGGGUGGCGCGCCCCUCGGCCUCCUCACGCGAGGAACGCGCGGGUGGCCCCCAUCCUCCUCAGCCGGCUCCUGGUCGGCCCCCCAAGUUCCUCUCCCCCCGGGGCUCUUGGCGGUGUCCAGUGACGUGUCGCGGCCGCCGCCGCGAUGCCGCCUGGGAGAUGUAGUCCCAGGCUGUGAGGCCUUGGGUUCGUCCCAGGCCACACAACUCUGCGGCCUUAGACCCUAUCUCCUACCCGGGAGAAGGCACCAACGCUUCCCACAGACCCUGCAGGAGCCCGGCUCAGGCUGGGGUUGACGGUGACUGACGCGUUCAGCCAACAGAAACAUAGAAUCUGAAUGAAUGGAGAUUACACCCCGGAACUCCUAAAGCGGAUCGGUUAAGAUUCAGAUAUAGAAUUC